AUCUCGCAGCGAACAACAAGCUGAAUCGGAUAAGCCCCUCUUCCGGAGUCGGGGCAGACGCGACGAGAGAUCACAGCACGCGAGUCAGCAAUGGAGUCUACCGCGCUAAUCGCACAAUUACCUCUUCUAAUCUCUCGCUCCCGUUCCAAACCCAUCUCCCCUUCCUCCGUCACCAGAGCUCGCAGCCUCACCUCCAUUUCCUUCUCCUCCGGCAGCCGCCGCGUCGCCCUGUUUUCCCGCCGCGGCCGCGAGUAUGCCGGCGUUGGCUCCUCGGUCUCCGCCGCCGCAGCGACUGGGGAGGCAGCGGAUGGCUGCUCCGAGACCAUCCUGCUCAGUGUCCAGGGGAUGAUGUGCGACGGGUGCGCCGCGAGCGUGAAGCGGAUUCUGGAGAGCCAACCAGAAGUUACAUCUGCUACUGUUGAUUUUAAGGAAGCAAGUGCAGUCGUGUGGACAACAGCUGAAGCUAGGGCAUCAGAUGAUUGGCAUAAGCUAUGUGGAGAGAAACUUGCUAAACACCUUGGCACUUGUGGAUUUGAGUCUCGGCUGCAAGGCAAUUAGACUAAGAUGAAGCCAAACAAAGUUGAUACUGAAUAUAAGUGAUGUCACAUGAAUGAUCACAUGGUUCAUUUCAACAUCGUCUGUCUUCGUUGCCGGGAGCCCGGGAGAGUUUUGCAACCCGAAUUUCUGUGUUCCCUCUCAUGGAGCUCAGGCUUAGUGCUAGUGUUCUAGUGCUUCCUUUUUCAUGGGCUAAGAUCUCAUGCCAUUGUUGCAAGGCAAGGAGUGUACAUGACUCCGCUCUUCAUUCCUCUGUAUUCCUUGCUGUUUAUAAAGAUAAAUAUUAGUCUCUUGAACUUUUGGAUAGCUUUCAUGUUUUUACUUACCUUUGCGCUGUCUGUUUUAAACUUACCUUUGCGCUGUUUCGUGUUGCUACUCAGCAUGUGCAGAUAAUCUGGUAUCACUGGUACAUUGUCCAAA